CAGGGCUAUGUCCUCGGCAGCCACCACGUCUCCAUCUGUGGACAAAGUGGACGGAUUUUCACGGAAGUCUGUCAGGAAGGCCAAGCAGAAGCCGCAGAGUUCGUCCCAGUUCCGCUCUCAGGAACCCAUCGAGCUCACGCCCCUGCCACUGCUCAAGGACGUGCCAGCGCCGGAGCAGCCGGAGCUGUUCCUGAAGAAGCUGCAGCAGUGCUGUACUGUCUUUGACUUCAUGGACACGCUGUCAGACCUCAAGAUGAAGGAGUACAAGCGCUCCACGCUCAACGAGCUGGUGGACUACGUGACGGUCAGCCGGGGCUACCUGACUGAGCAGGCCUACCCUGAGGUCGUGAAAAUGGUGUCUCACAACAUAUUCCGGACCCUUCCGCCCAGCGACAGUAACGAGUUUGACCCAGAGGAAGACGAGCCCACGCUCGAGGCCUCCUGGCCACACUUACAGUUGGUAUACGAGUUCUUCAUCCGGUUCUUGGAGAGUCAGGAGUUCCAGCCCAGCAUUGCCAAAAAGUACAUAGACCAGAAGUUUGUCCUACAGCUCUUGGAGUUGUUUGACAGCGAGGAUCCUCGGGAGAGAGACUACCUGAAGACAGUCUUGCAUAGAAUCUACGGCAAAUUCCUGGGUCUGAGGGCUUUUAUACGAAAACAGAUCAAUAAUAUUUUUCUACGUUUUGUUUAUGAGACGGAGCACUUCAACGGGGUGGCUGAGUUGCUGGAGAUCCUGGGGAGUAUAAUCAAUGGUUUCGCUCUGCCGCUGAAAGCGGAGCAUAAACAGUUUCUGGUCAAAGUGUUGAUCCCCCUCCACACUGUCAGGAGUCUGUCCCUCUUCCACGCACAGUUGGCGUAUUGCAUUGUACAGUUCCUAGAGAAAGACCCAACAUUAACGGAACCAGUCAUCAGAGGCUUACUGAAGUUUUGGCCAAAAACCUGCAGUCAAAAAGAGGUAAUGUUUCUAGGCGAGCUGGAGGAGAUCCUGGACGUCAUCGAACCAACACAGUUUGUCAAGAUCCAGGAGCCGCUCUUCAAACAGAUCUCCAGAUGUGUCUCCAGCCCGCAUUUCCAGGUUGCAGAGCGAGCUCUGUACUACUGGAACAACGAGUACAUCAUGAGUCUGAUCGAGGAGAACUCCAGCGUCAUCCUGCCCAUCAUGUUCGCCAGCCUCUACAGGAUCUCCAAAGAGCACUGGAACCCGGCCAUCGUGGCGCUGGUGUACAACGUACUGAAGGCCUUCAUGGAGAUGAACAGUACCUUAUUUGAUGAACUCACAGCCACUUACAAGUCAGACCGCCAGCGUGAGAAGAAGAAGGAGAAGGAGCGAGAGGAGCUCUGGAAGAAGCUGGGGGACUUGGAGCUGAAGCGGGGCCUUAGGAGCGACGGGAUCAUCCCAACUUAACGAAGACCGCGCCACGCUCCCCUCUGCCCCCCCACACUUCUCCCUCUCCCCCUGUGACUCCCCCCCUUCCCCCCCCUCCUUAUCCCUGACCCCCCCCCUCCCCCACAUCACCAUGUCUGCCCAGCUCUGAGAAGUCCCCGAUACAGGCCAUCGUCUCUGGCCGCCGCUGGUUCUUAAUGGUUUUUUUUUUUUUUUUUUUUCUUAUGGUUUUUUUUCCUCCUGUGUUUGUGCGACUUACUUUACAGUAGAUUCAUCACGUCUGUUUUCAUUAUUUCAACAGCACUGUAAAUAAUAAUUUUUUUCUUCUUUUCCCCCCCUUAAGCUGAUAUUAUUGCAAACGGAAAAGCAAAACAAUAAUAAUAAAUAAAAAAAGGAAGAAAAAAAUAGAAAAUGAGAAAAUGACUUGUGUGGGAGGGGGAAUUUAACAAAAAAACAACAUAUGGACUGUACGACGUGAGACAAACUCUUGAAAACAAAAAAAGAGAAGAUUGGAACUCUUCUUCUCCAGUCCAGUCCCGUGUAUCAUUUUUAUUUACCUGGCUCUCCUCUUUCUUUUCUUCUCGUUGCCUCCAUCUUUUGGUUCACUCUCCUGCCUCUCUAAUGGUGCAUCUUUUCUGCCCCCGUGUGGGACAUCCGGACUAAAAAUGGGUUCCCCACUCCCCCCCGAGGUUCCUCUCUUGCCCCGCCCAAAUGUCUACAGGCUGGGGGGUGAACAAAACACAUAAAAAAAACAAAAAACGGUGACUUCCUCUGUACACACUAACUGUAUCCUCCUGAGUGCGUUUACAUGCGUGUUCAUGAAAGAGUUUAUUGUACGGGUAUUAAAUCUUAUAUAAUCAGUAUAUUAAUUUCUGUUGUUCAGUUUAGUAUCUUUUUCAUGCUCAUAGCUACAUAAUUAAGUCCCCCAAGAUUCAUAUCUUACCAUCUUAUUAUACUGAAAGAAGUUUAAAAUCACACGAUUUUGACCACAAACGCACCUUAAGCAGCGACUGGCAGAACCUCAGUGACGUUGCAUUUCCUGUGGCUCCUUCAAAAUAAAAGCCGCCAUGUGUUUCAACACUUAAACGGGACCUAGCAGCGGCAGGUGAAGUUCAGUUUCCGUUAGCUGUCGAAAAAAAGCAACUCUGAUGCACCUGAUGGAAUAAUCAACCAUAAAGUUAUAGUACGUGCACUCGAGGAUUACUGAAUUUAAAUACACUGAAGGGGUUCUGCAUAAGUGCUUACUUAAAAACACAAAGUCUCUUUAACCUUUUGUGUAAGAUUAGUUUUUCCACCUUUACUUUGGUUCCAUCUGGUGGUUGUAUCAAAAAUGACACGGAACAGCACACACAAAGUUGGCGUGAGGGGAAAAUUCAUAUGCUGUGAUCAUUUACAUGUUAACCAAUGAAUUCAAUUACACAUAUAACCAAUGGCAAAACCCAAUAGUUUUUUGGUUUUGAAUGCACACAUUAUUUAGCCUGGAAAUCCAGACCCAGAUCUGAAAGAUAAAGGGUCUGGCUUCGAGUAAUAAAAGUCGCCCAUCUCGAGGGGGGGGGGCACCAAGUGUGCGUUUGAAAAUCUCACUGCACGCAAUUGGAUAAUACUAUGACCAAUCACAAUAACGCACGGGGCAACGUAUCCGAGCCGUACCUUGAUUGGUGCAGCUCGCCUCUGGCCCCGCCUAUAUCAGAUAAUGCGAUGUGAUUGGUGCAGCUUGCCUCUGGCCCCGCCUAUAUCAGAUACAGUAAUGUGAUUGGUGCGGCUCGGCUACCAGGGCAUAGUUAAUGAGCAGCAUUACUCGAUGCCGGGGGAGGGGGGGAUCACAUCAUGGUUAUGUCAGGUCAGUUAUUUUGUCCUUUUUUGUCCUGGUGAUGACCUGCUGGUGACUCCUCCAGGGCUGGGAUCCGGCUUCUUAGGAACCACGAUGUAAAGCAGGUGACUCCAGAACGCUCCGCAUGUAAACGCACUCCAUUCCCUUUGCUUCCUCCUCAAAAAAUGGACUACUUCUCAUUCACUUGAUUCAUUUUUCUCCUUCCCUCCAUCUUUGACCCCUCCCCCCCUCCUUCCCUGCCACACCAGGGGUCUGUUUCAGGAAGCAGCUUUAGUGAAAACUCUGAGUUAGUUAACCCUGAGAUGAAGGAAACAGAACGGGAGGUUAAUCAGACCAGGGGGGGGGGGUAACUCCGGUCCGUUUCGGAAAGAGAUGUAUCUUAACUUCAGAGUCAGUUACUAUGGUAACUCCAGCCCGUUUGCUCCAACGCACUCUUUCAUCUCCUCAUUCAUUCAUUCAGUCUGUAUCAGUCUCCUCCUCUGACUCAGCACUCUUUCACCUCCUCAUUCAGUUAUGUAUCCUACAUAACCUUAUGUGUCCUCAUGUCACUACCAUCAUCAACAUGGAACCUCAGAAUUGGAGUAGUGGGCCAUUUCACCAGUAAUAUACUUAUGAUUAAAUAUGAUAUACACACUAUAUUGGAACUUUCUCCCAAACGUAUUCUCUCUCUUUUACAGCAGCCGCUGUGAUGCUUUUUACACAUACAUGUUCAAACUCGCUGUAUGUGCGCACGAGGAUUCCCGCCGACCAGUUUGUGUGUGGUUGUUGCCAUGGUGAAUCGAAAGCCUUUUCAUUGUGGUUGUGCACGCGCCUAACUCUGAUGCUGCGUUCAGGCAACACGGGUUUUCACAAGCGUACCCGUGAAAAGCGCCCUGGAGCGGCACUCAAACCAGUAACUUACUACUGGUGAACUCGUACCGGACCGUUGGACUCCCAGUUACACACACACACACACACACACACACACACAAAAACAACAAUGGCGACCCCUGUUGAUGCCGUACAGACGCUGGGGAUUAACAAUUAACAAUAAUUUCUCACAUUGUAAUCAAAUCGAUACACAUAGGAUUGUGUAGCUACUACUACAGGUUAUGUUUAUUAAGUGAAGCCCAAAAUAUGUCGCUGACUAGAAAUUGCUAGUAUCAGCUAGCGCUAGCUAACGCCGUCGGUAGCUAGCUAACGCCGUCGGUGGCUAGCUAACGCCGUCGGUGGCUAGCUAACGCCGUCGGUGGCUAGCUAACGCCGUCCGUUGCUAGCUAACGCCGUCGGUAUGCAUCAGCUACCGCCGUCCGUCGCUACUACGCCCCGUCCGCCUACUCUAACGCCUGCGGGGCUAGCUAACGCCGUCGGUUGGCUAGCUAGAGCCUCCGGUGGCUAUCUAACGCGUCGGUUGCUAUGCUAACGCCGUCCGUUGCUAGCUACGCCCGUCCGUUGCUAGAUAACGCUCGCUGUGGCUAGUGAUGACGCCGCGGUGGCUAGCUAACGCCGUCGGUAGCUAGCUAACGCCGUCGGUAGCUAGCUAACGCCGUCCGUCGCUAGCUAACGCCGUCCGUCGCUAGCUAACGCCGUCGGUGGCUAGCUAACGCCAGCUAGAAGGGUUUGUGGUGACUUUUGCUAAAAGCGGUGUCUGGGACGCAGCAUGAGUCCACCUACUCCGAGUUGAUUCAACCAAACUCUGAGAUUUUCAUCUCAGGGUAAAUUGACUCAGAGUCCAGACUUUGGUGAACCUCCUUCCUGAAACGGACCCCUGGUACCCGGGUACCAGUCUGGCACUGGUACCCUCUGGCCAUAACGGGGACUUACUGAUUAAAAAAUA